AUGGAGAUAUUAGCUGGUGCAAUACGUGGUGCUAAACAUUGGUCUUUCCAACAUGUUGAAGAGUUAUGGAAGUGGGCUAUACCGUUGUUAAAAACAACAAUAAGUAACUAUAGUAUAGAAACUGUCAGUGAUUGGAAAACAUUUUACAGUUCUAUUACAGAAAGUCGUGAUCCAAGAAAGUUAUCUGCCUUGUAUGAGUUUCUGUUAACCAGUCCAUUAAGUGGUGAUGGUGGAGCGUUUGGUGAUUCCAGUCGUUUAUCUAUGAUAUUAUAUAGUGUUAUUCAACAAGAAUGGAGAAUUCCUGAAAUAUUACACAGAAUAUUAAGUCUUGUAUCUCAACAUCUAUCACAUCAAUAUAAAGCUGUUCGAGAUGAAAUUGGCAGACUAAUGAUAUUACCUACUUUAGAUAAACUGAAAGAUACAGUUGAAGUUCAGACAGAUGAAGGUACAACGUUAAUGGAAGUAGAUGGAAGUAAUUCAGAAGAAGAUAGAAAAGAAGCUAUAAGACUGUGUAAAACAGUCUUAAAGUUUUUAGUAAGUAGUAAUGGAAGGGCUUAUGAAACAUCACCUCAAGAAAUUCUGCCUUUAUUACCAGUUAUUUGUGCAUUAGACUGUGAAUCAACUGAUGAUGAUUUAGUAGUUCUACGGAAUGCAGCAUUUUAUUGUUUAUCUCAUGCUCUACUAGAAGAAUCUGACAUUCCUCAUGUUAUAGAAAUGAUGAGAGAGGUUACAGGGUUACAGUCAUGGCAUGCUAGAAAAUCUAUUUUACGUUAUAUACAGAAUAUUGUCUUUGAUAACUUCUUCCUAUUGGAUAAUCCACAUUAUAAACAACAAAUACAGGAAAUUCUCUUUCAUUUAAUCUGUGAUGAACAAUUAGAGGUUCGUGAAAUGGCGUCUGUUACAUUUAGUGGUCUAUUACAUUGUGGUUUUCUUCAAUUAGAACAAGGCAUGAUGGAUCAUUUUGAACACUUAAGAAGAACUAAAGUAAAGAAACGUAAAUUAACACAAGCUUUACCAUUAGAUACAUUGAUAAAACGCCAUGCUGGAGUACUAGGGUUAAGUGCAUGUGUACAAGCUUACCCCUAUGAUGUACCAGAGUUUGUACCACAGAUAUUGAUGGAUUUAUCUGUACAUGUUAAUGAUCCACAACCUAUACAGUUAACAGUAAAGAAGACAUUAAGUGAUUUCCGUCGAACACAUCAUGAUAAUUGGUUAGAUCAUAAACAAAUGUUUACUGAUGAUCAAUUAGUUAUAUUAACAGAUUUACUGAUAUCACCUAAUUAUUAUGCAUAA